CGCCCCCCCGUUGCUCUGGGAGAGCCUUUCCUCUCCCACCCACACAGGCGUCUUCCCUGGGGGCCCCAUCGCCUCUCCUGGGCGGGGUGCGGCCCACAGAGCCCUCUGCUCCAGGGGGCCCCUUUGGCCUCCCUGCCGCGGGCUCUGGUCCCCAGCCCGCGGGGCCCGCCCGGCUCUGGCUGUGUGGCGGCGGCAGGGGGAGAGCCUCGUCCUUGGCUCCUCCCUCCGCGGGAGCCUGCUUCUUCCCCAGCCUACGUGAUGACGCGCCGGUGACUCGCCGGGGCCCCUGGGCACAGGCCUGUUGAGCCCAGCGCCGCGAGCCGGCCCCCGAGCCCGCGCCAGGGUCCCGCAGAGCAGAGCAGAACAGAGCGGCCGGCCAGCCAGCCAGCCCCGGGGGCGCCGCUUUCCCCUGCGGCUCGCGCCGAGGGAGCCGGGCGCCGCGGGACAAAUGCUCUAAACAUAAUGAAAAGAUGGCCUGCCUUACAAUGACAGAGAUGGAAGGAACAGCAACUUCUACUGUCCACCAAAAUGGUGACAUCCUUGGGAAUGCAAAUGCUCCCAAGCAGACAGAGCCAGUGUUUCAGGUUUACCUUUAUCAUUCCCCGGAGAAGACCGAAGGAGAUUAUCUUCAGUUUCCAGCUGGUGAAUAUAUUGCAGAAGAGAUUUGUGCUACUGCUUGUAAAGCUUGCGGUAUCAUGCCUGUGUACCAUAACAUGUUUGCACUAAUGAAUGAAACAGAGAGAAUUUGGUAUCCUCCAAAUCACAUCUUCCACGUAGAAGAAUCAACCAGGCUCAACAUACUGUACCGAAUAAGGUUUUAUUUUCCUCACUGGUAUUGUAAUGGCAGUAGCAGAGCAUAUCGUUAUGGUGUUUCCCGAGGUGCAGAGAGCCCUGUCAUUGAUGACCUUGUCAUGUCUUAUCUGUUUGCUCAGUGGCGAGAUGAUUUUGUUCAUGGCUGGGUAAAGGUGCCUGUUACUCAUGAAACACAGGAAGAAUGCCUUGGAAUGGCUGUUCUUGAUAUGAUGAGAGUGGCCAAAGAAAAGGACCAAACUCCCCUGGCUAUCUACAAUUCAGUCAGUUACAAGAUGUUUUUGCCCAAAUGUGUUCGGGCAAAAAUCCAAGACUACCAUAUUUUGACACGAAAGAGAAUACGGUACAGAUUCCGCAGAUUUAUCCAGCAGUUUGGCCAAUGCAGAGCUACUGCCAGAAACUUGAAACUUAAAUAUCUUAUAAAUCUGGAAUCCCUUCAGCCUGCCUUCUAUUCAGAGAUUUUUGAAGUAAAAGAGCCUUGCAGAGGUGAAGAGAGUUUUGCAACCAUUAUAAUAACUGGAAAUGGUGGAAUUCAGUGCUCAAGAGGGAAACAUAAAGAAAGUGAGACACUGACAGAACAGGAAUUACAAACAUACUGUGAUUUUCCUGAUAUAAUCGAUGUCAGCAUUAAGCAAGCAAACCAAGAAGGCUCCAGUGAGAGUAGAAUUGUCACCAAUGAGAGUAGAAUUGUCACCAUUCAUAAGCAGGACAGCAAGAAUCUGGAGGCUGAAUUUCAUUCAUUAAGAGAAGCUCUCUCUUUUGUAUCGUUAAUUGAUGGAUAUUAUAGAUUAACUGCAGAUGCUCACCAUUACCUCUGUAAAGAAGUAGCACCACCAGCAGUGCUUGAAAAUAUCCAAAGCAACUGCCAUGGACCAAUUUCCAUGGACUUUGCUACCAAUAAACUGAGGAAAGCAGGCAAUCAGACUGGCUAUUAUGUUCUUCGUUGCAGUCCUAAAGAUUUUAAGAAAUACUUCCUCACCUUUGCCAUAGAGCGGGAUGGUGUCGCUGAGUAUAAGCACUGCUUAAUAACAAAAAAUGAGACUGGAGAGUAUAAUCUUAGUGGAACGAAGAGAAGUUUUGGUAACCUUAAGGAUCUGUUGAAUUGCUAUCAGACAGAAACGGUCCGUUCAGACAACAUCAUUUUCCAGUUUACCAAAUGCUGCCCUCCAAAACCAAAAGAUAAGUCAAAUCUUCUAGUAUUCAGGAGCAAUGGUAUUUCUGAUGUACCUACAUCGCCCACAUUGCAGAGACACAAUAAUGUCAACCAAAUGGUCUUUCACAAAAUCCGGAAUGAGGACUUGAUAUUUAAUGAGAGCCUUGGGCAGGGCACCUUUACUAAGAUUUUCAAAGGUAUAAGGAAAGAAGUGGGAGACUAUGGCGAGCUCCAUCAAACUGAAGUCGUCUUAAAAGUGCUGGAUAAAGUGCACAGAAAUUACUCUGAGUCUUUCUUUGAGGCAGCAAGCAUGAUGAGCCAGCUUUCUUACAAGCACUUGGUGUUAAAUUAUGGAGUAUGUGUCUGUGGAGAGGAGAAUAUCCUGGUGCAGGAGUACGUCAGAUUCGGAUCCUUGGACACAUAUUUGAAAAAGAACAAAAAUUCUAUCAAUAUCUUGUGGAAAUUGGAAGUUGCCAAACAGUUGGCAUUGGCUAUGCAUUUUCUGGAAGAUAAAAGCCUGGUUCAUGGGAAUGUAUGUGCAAAAAAUAUCUUACUUAUCAGAGAAGAAGAUAGGAAGUCUGGAAACCUUCCGUUUAUCAAACUUAGUGAUCCUGGCAUCAGCAUGACAGUUUUGCCAAAAGACAUUCUUCUUGAAAGGAUACCCUGGGUUCCACCUGAAUGCAUUGAAAAUCCUAAACAGCUAAGUUUGGCAACAGACAAGUGGAGUUUUGGUACCACUUUAUGGGAAAUCUGCAGUGGGGGAGACAAGCCCCUUGGUGCACUGGAUUCUCCCAGAAAGCUACAGUUUUAUGAAGAUAGGCACCAGCUUCCUGCUCCAAACUGGACAGAACUAGCAAAUCUUAUAAACAACUGUAUGGAUUAUGAGCCAGAUUUCAGACCUUCUUUCAGAGCCAUUAUACGUGAUCUUAACAGUUUGUUCACGCCAGAUUAUGAGCUAUUGACAGAAAAUGACAUGUUGCCAAACAUGAGGAUUGGUGCUCUUGGGUUUUCUGGGGCGUUUGAAGACAGGGACCCAACACAAUUUGAAGAGAGACACCUUAAGUUCUUACAGCAACUUGGCAAGGGUAACUUUGGCAGUGUCGAGAUGUGCCGGUAUGACCCACUACAAGACAAUACUGGAGAGGUGGUGGCUGUAAAAAAGCUACAACACAGCACAGAAGAGCACCUACGAGACUUUGAAAGGGAAAUUGAAAUCCUUAAAUCCCUGCAGCACGAUAACAUUGUUAAGUACAAGGGAGUGUGCUACAGUGCCGGUCGUAGAAAUCUGAGAUUAAUCAUGGAAUAUUUACCAUAUGGAAGUUUGCGAGACUAUAUCCAGAAGCACAAGGAGAGGCUGGAUCACAAGAAACUUCUGCAGUAUACAUCUCAGAUAUGCAAGGGCAUGGAGUAUCUGGGCACAAAAAGAUACAUUCACCGGGAUCUAGCAACGAGAAACAUCUUAGUGGAAAAUGAGAACAGAGUUAAAAUUGGGGACUUUGGACUGACAAAAGUCCUGCCACAAGACAAAGAAUACUACAAAGUGAAAGAGCCUGGCGAAAGCCCUAUAUUUUGGUAUGCUCCAGAAUCUCUGACAGAGAGCAGGUUUUCUGUGGCCUCUGACGUGUGGAGCUUUGGCGUGGUCCUGUAUGAACUCUUCACAUAUAUUGAAAAGAGCAAAAGCCCUCCAGCGGAAUUCAUGCGCAUGAUUGGUAAUGAUAAACAAGGGCAGAUGAUUGUAUUCCAUUUGAUAGAGCUUUUGAAGAACAAUGGACGGCUGCCAAGACCAGAUGGAUGUCCUGAUGAGAUUUAUGCCAUCAUGACAGAAUGCUGGAACAAUACCGUAAGCCAGCGUCCCUCCUUUAGGGAGCUUGCGGUGCGAGUGGAUCAUAUAAGGGACGACAUGGGUGGAUAAGAGAACUGAAGGUUGUUCAGAGGACAUAUGAACACAGAACAAAGUCUGCCCUUUGGGUUGCUGUGGAUUAUACACAUCCAUCCAUCUAUCUUUAUUGUGGGCAAAACGUGUGUGCAAAUUAUCCUAUCAGAACCUGCAAACUGUGAGGAAUUCUGUUCAUUUUCUUCAUCAGGAUACAUUUGCUACUACAAGGACAUGACAGUGAAAUACUUUAAUAGAAAGUGGAUUAUUUUUCUAAA